AUUGUCAAAAUUUACUAUUUGUCACACACCUCACAAAAUUCUGCUGUGAUCAAAUGCUCAAAACCCCAAAAAUAUGAGAUCAGUUGGUAAAUUUAUCCAUUAUCUUUGUCAACCAAUUCGUUUGAAGACAAGGCCUGCUUGCCUAUUGGCCCAUACUCGUCAGAGCCACCACAAAUCGUGUUCUAAGCAAGUGAAAAAAGUAAAAAAUCCAUCAGAAUGUUUGGAACCCUGCAAAGGGCCCGGAAAAAAAUCCCUCUGGGGCAUUUUUGGGGGUAGCAAUAAGCCCCCGCAGGAAAAGAAACCGGUUAGAGAGUACGAACAUGUAGAAAUUGUUAGCGAAGAACAAGCGGAAAUGGACAUGAAAAAAAUCGCCGAAAUGGGUGGUGAAGUGUACAGUACUUGUGGUACAGCCUACAUUUUGCAACAGGACCAUUACCAACAGCCUAAACCAUAUAGGCCCAGCAACGAAGAUAUCAUUUUGGAAGAAAUGAUGAAAGAUCCUUCAUUGAAAGGACAAUGCGAUCCGAUGCCAGCUUAUGAAACAGUUGCACUCAGAAUGAUUAACUUGAAUGAUAGACGAUUACAUCCUCUGUAUAAAAAAUUGAUGACGAUUCCGAGAAAACCUAAACCAGUAAUAUCGUCUAAACCGAAAACAGACACCAAACUGUCCAAUCCAGCCAGUUCGUAUCAAACCCGUAGUGGUCCAGUGAAACCGGAAGAUUAUCCUGCCCACUUGAAAAUUAACAAGGAAAUGUUGCAGAAAAAGAAUAUCAUGUGCGAAUUCAAAAGGGCCGAGCCUCCGCAGCAAAUGUUGGGCAGAAUGGUGGAGAUAAAGCAAAACGAGAGGCCGACAUUGAUGGAACCCCCCAAAAAUAUUGUGGAAGUAUUGAGAAAUAACUAAUGGAUGAUUUUUAUGUUUUUU